AUGAAGGCUACAGCAGAAAUCAAGGCAGAGGGAACCGCAGUGACCCAGCAGCGCACGGAGGCCUUGGCGAAUCAACUGCAUGGGGAGCGUGUCGCCGCGCUGCAGCAGACUCACCUCGAGGAGCUGAUGGCAGUCAAGGUCGAGUACGAGGAGAAGUUGGCGAAGGCUACGGCAGAAAUCAAGGCCGAGGGGACCGCAGUGACCCAGCAGCGUCAGGUGGCUCAAAGCGUAGCUCAGGAGGUUAACUCCUUGAAGCUUAAGCUCGCUGCGCAGAACGUCACGAAGGAACAAAAUACUAAGCUUAGUAAGGUGUUGGCUGAGGACACCGCCGAGGUUGCUAAGCUUAUAUAUAAGAGCGACGGUCUUGAAACGGCCGGUAAGAGUCUAAGACUGAAGUACGAUAAGCUGAAGUCUGAGAAAAAGACUCUUGCGAGGGAAAAGGAGCGCCUGCAGAUGGAUGUUAGGGACCUAGAGACUACACUGGACGACCUCGCCGGCGAGAAAGAGAAGUUGGAGGAAGAUAUAGAUCAACUAGAAGGCGGGGUCGAAAAAAAGAAGGGCGACAACUAA